AAGUGACCCAGUCGGUUAGAUUAAACAACGCGCGCGAAACAGCGUCGCCCCGCCGGUCAUUCCGACAGCCGGCGGCGUGCCGCAUGACGACGGAGUGACCCAGACGGCCGGUUAGAUUAACCAACGCGCGCGCGGGAAACAGCCUCGCCCGGCCGGCAAAACUCAGCCCAUUCAUAUACCACGUCGUUUCCGCCGCGCGCCUACUACCAGUUUACCUCGUCGGCGUCGUCGUACAUUCCGAUGGCCCGGUCGCCCAUGUCGUCCGCCCCAGACGGCGGCGCACCGCCGCAUGACGCGCCAGCUCCCGACGCCGCGGCCAGCCACGCGCCGGCCACUGGCGGCGUGCCGGCGUCGAGGUCGAUCGCGCAGCGGUGGAAGAUGGAGGGCGUGCCGGCGCGGGCGCGGCUGCUGCUGCGGGAGGCCGCGUGGCUCUUCUCCUUCCUCGCCCUCGUCGUCAUGGCCACCGACGUGCACGGCCGCGGCGGCGCCAACGACUUCAGCACCUACCCCGAAUACAACUACUGCCUGGGCGUGUCGAUCAUCGCGCUGCUCUACGCCACGGCGCAGCUGCUGCGCGACCUCCACAGGCUCAGCUCCGGCCGGGACCUCGUCGCCGGGAGGAAGGUGGCGGCCAUCGUUGACUUCACCGGAGAUCAGGUGGUGGCCUACUUUCUGAUAUCGGGCCUGUCCGCGGCAUCGCCGGUGACGGACUACAUGCGGCAAGGCGCCGAUAACCUGUUCAACGACUCAGCAGCGGCCGCGAUUAGCAUGGCAUUCUUCGCCUUCGUGGCCAUCGGCCUCUCUGCCCUCGUCUCCGGGUACAGCCUUUCCUUAGAAGCUCUUGUAUAGCAGCAGGACACAUGAUUCUUCCCUCCUGGUCGCUUGGGGAAAAACACCUGUAAACUUUAACUGAUGCAAACACUUGGAUUAUUGCAAGACAAUGUGUACAUGGUUCAUACAUAGGGGAUAA